AUGGCUCUUGUUCAUUACUUGUACUUGCUUUUGACGUUGGCCCUUGGAGUGUCUUGUGUACCACGACGUUCAGUCUCAUCAACUGAAACCUACGAUAACGGCCACCAACUUACUUGCAAGCCUAUCCCCAAUGUUCUCACUUCACAACAAGACUUUGCAGUCAAGGUAGUGGCACAUGAUGGUAUAUGCAAGAAAGAUGAGUAUCAAACCCUUCAAUUGUGGCCGAGUGACUUGCUUGGUAAACGCCAGUCAGAUGAUCCAUACGCGUGCGGUGACGGCGAUCCUUGUGGAAAUCAUGCCUGCUGUGGAAAGAACGGCGUGUGUGGUUAUGGUCCAAAGUACUGUGGUGCAAAUGGACAAUCACCUAAUGAAGUUUGUUGGAGUAAUUGUGAUGCCCACGCCGAAUGUGGUAGAUAUUCCAAGGUGCCAGGAACAAAAUGUCCCCUCAAUGUCUGCUGUAGUCAAUUCGGCUUCUGUGGGACCACUGAAGAAUUCUGCAAGGUCACAGAUGACGAUGAAACCAGCUGCCAGAGUAAUUGUGCUCAGCCUGACUCUGGGUCUUCUGGAGGGAAUGUACAGAAGAGAGUCAUUGGCUACUAUGAGGCUUGGAAUUACAAGAAAAAGUGUAUUGGUAUGGGCAUCCAGAAUAUCCCAGUGGGUAGCCUCACCCACUUGUAUUACUCUUUUGGCUACAUCACUCCUGAUGAUUUUGAUAUCAUUCCCAUGGACGAUGGUAAUCCUCCGCCUGAGUCCACACUAGCUGAAUUAGCUGGCAUGAAAAGGAAGAAUCCAGGUCUGAAGGUACUUAUCGCUUUAGGGGGUUGGACUUUCAAUGAUAAUGGCACUAUCUGGCAACCGGUUUUUAGCAAUGUUGUUUCAACAAAGGCCAACCGUGCCAAAUUUAUUUCGAAUGUCAAAUCAUUCCUGACGCGAUAUGGUUUUGAUGGUGUGGACCUCGAUUGGGAGUACCCGGGCGCGGGUGACCGAGGUGGAAAGCCGGAAGAUGGUAUCAAUUUUACCAAACUGCUAAAGGAAAUGCGGACCGCGUUUGAUGGAAUGAGUGGCAGGUAUAAGGAAAUCUCCUUCACCGCUCCGACUAGUUACUGGUAUCUUCGUCACUUUGACAUUAAAGCCAGUGCUGAAGCAGCGGAUUUUGUCAACAUCAUGGCAUAUGACCUCCACGGAAUUUGGGAUGCUAAUAAUCCAAUCGGCUCAACCGUGCUGGCUCAUAGUAACAUUACUGAAAUCAACCUGGCCCUCAAUUUGUUCUGGAGAAAUGACGUUCCGGCACCCAAGCUAAACAUGGGACUAGGUUUCUAUGGUCGUUCCUUUCAGUUGGCUGAUCCCUCUUGUUCCAAGCCUGGAUGUAUAUUUAAGGGCGGUGCAUCUCCGGGACCCUGCACUGCAAACUCUGGCACUCUUUCGUACGCUGAAAUUGUCGAUAUUAUUGACAGGAACAAGCUCAGUCCCUAUCAUGAUAAGGAAGCCGCAGUCAAGUGGAUCACAUGGGGUGGUGAUCAAUGGGUUUCAUACGACGAUUUUGACACGAUUCAACAGAAAAUUGAGUUUGCCAACUCGCUAGGCUUAGGUGGGCUUCUCAUCUGGGCAGUUGAUUUAGAUACCAAAGAUCUAGAAGCGCUUUCAGCUGUUGUGUAUCCUGAGAGCUUAGGAGUGCGUGCGGAGGAAUCUAACGCCGCGGAUAAUUGGGAAGACGUAGAUGGCGGAGCCUGUCGUGUUACCGAAUGUGGUUCUCCCUAUUGCAGUCCUGGUGAGAUUUUAAUCGACACCCAACAAUGCUCGGCGUAUGAUUUCUGGACUGAUAGCUAUUCCAAUUCCGCAACGUGUUGUCCGUUGUCGUCGGCGCCGGAUCCAAAUGAAUGCACGUGGCGAGGGUUCGGAAACUUGGGAUUCUGCAAUGGCUAUUGUGAGGCCGGUGAGGUGGCCCUGCAGUCUUCCGUCUACGGCGACGAUGUGACAGUCUGGUGUUUGGAUGGAAGAGCCUUUUUGUGUUGUAAAGCUGAAGCAGCCGUUCCCGACUGUCGCUGGUCUGGAUGCGGCAACAGCUGCAACUCAGACGAAGAUGACCUGACAUGGCGUGAUAGUGAUUGCGAUAAUGAUGAUAAGGACAGAUUCUGCUGUCAAAAAGAACAGCACUGGACUAAUUGCGGCUGGCACGGAAAGCCCGGAAGUUGUUUCGACAACCACUGCGAUACUGGCUGGCAAGUAGCAAUGACCACUUCAUAUCAAGGCGAAGGCGAAGACUGUGGUUUUUGGCACCAGGACCGAGAUCGCAGUUUCUGCUGUGACCCUCCCAAGGAUCAAUCUCCAUUUUUACCGGUUCCCCUUGAGUACCUGUUCCCGAAUCCCCCAGACGAAAAAGACGCAAAUACCAAGUUUGAUCUUGAAGUUGAUCCGACAUAUGGGGGUAGUAAAGAUGUUCCUUUCCAAGAGAGUCCAGCCAAUGUGCCUUUUGGCUUUGUUGUCAUGACAAGUCCUGAUGAGAUUCAAGUAUCUCUGGAUCGUCGUGACGGAUCCCAUUGGGAAGUCUUUGACUGUUUCGAUGCAUUAACUGAGGGGGAACAUACAGUACACAUUACAUGCACUGAUGAUACUGAGAAUUCCAACUGUGGUAAAAUACACUUGGGUCAUGGUGCGCCUGGUACUAUCAUUCAAAUGCCUGAUGGAUGCGGACCUGGCAAGUAUGCAGUGGCAAAGUCCUUGGUCCCGAGUAGAAACCAAAGUCUACCACACCAUUUACUUGUUCGUGAUCUUCCUGAUACUUCAACUGUCUUUGAUCUCACAUUUGACUACAACUUCAGCAGAGUUCCAAGGGACAUGGGAAACACACAGAUGCGCAUAGAUUUUAGCAAUGAGCCACAAUAUUGGGACAGGGUCGUAGAUGAACCAGCCAAACGUAAAAAGGCCAGACGAAGAAAUCUCUCCGAUGUUUCUGGAAGCCACAAACGAUGGCUGGAAGAAGAGUGGCGAGAGGAUGCGCACUUUGGACAUUUGACUCCUGAAGAGCUACACAAACGGUGGUUUGGAGACGAUGUUAUUGAAUGGCUUACUGGGCUUAUCAAUGGAGUCACAGGGGGUGUUGAUAUCAGCCAUUCCUACACCGAUAAUUUUAUUUUCAAGAUUAUUGACCAACGUUUAACUUGUCCCAAUGUUGAGGCAAAGCUCCAAGUCAAAGCAGAGACUACCGUCAAAGUAGAUGUGAACUACGGAUUCACCCUCAUCACCACUAUAGGUGGUGAUAAUGGUUUGAUAGAUUUGAGCAAGUCCUAUCUCUACUUUCGCAAUAGGGGGGAAGUCUCAGCUAAGUUUGUCAUGGAGGCAGCGGCCACUGCUCAUUUCGACACCAAUGAUAUACUUAUGUUUUCUGCUGAUAAGUUUGGAGCUGCAUUUGCGGUACCUGGGGUCGUUACUAUAGGCCCUAACUUUAAGCUCUUCGGCAGGCUCGAAGGCGAGGCGACUAUUGGCGUGAAUUUUCAAGCUACGGCUAAACUCGCCAAAUGGGACACGCGGCAGACGUAUCCAGCUGCCAAUGACGAUUGGGAUCCGGAAGGCAGCAAGCCGGAUAAGGACGGUACACAGAUUUUGGAAAAGCCCGAAUUCGAAUGGGGAUUUACGCUUAAUGGUCACAUUACUGCACAUGUCAAACCUACAAUAACCUUUGGCAUCGACUUCAAUCAGGAUUUUCUUCCAGUCGAAAGCUGCGCUGUCAACUUGGUCGCAGAUGGCUAUGUUACUUUCCACGCAGAAUACCAGCCUCCGGGCUCCUUUUGCUACGGGGUUGAUGCAGGCGCAGAUUUAUUGGCUACUAUUGACGCUCCCAAAGCUUUCCAAUGGGCCCUUCCUAAUUCUCCUUUCCCCAUUAUUCCCGUGGACAAGGUGCAGAUAUAUCCGACAGACGGCAAACUUGCUUGUUGGACACCAGGAACUAAUAAAGCUCGUCCAAGAUCAUCACCUGAUAUGUUUCAUUCAUUAGAAAAAAGAGUGCAGGUAUACGGUCCCCUCGUACCGCGCAUUGACGGCUUGUUGUGCCCAGGAAAUGUAAACGUUGGGGACAUUCCAGAUUGCCCACUUUGUGGUGUCAGCGAUGGAAAGCUAGCAAAACGUGAAGAAGAAUCCUGCCCGUUUGAGCCCAGCUCCGAGCCAGCUUGCCCUAUUGACAGCUCUUCUGUAGUACGCAGAUCUGAGCUAUGGUACUCACUAGGCUCGAAGAAUGAUACACUCAUAGAAACUCGAGAACAGACAGGCCAUCUUUGGGAGAAACGAGCUGAGAAGACCGUGACGUGGUAUUAUAAUGGUGAGAACCAUGAUCUCCCAUGUGGUAACUACGAGCACUGUGGUACUGCUAAGGGUCAGUCGGGAAUUUUGAAGUGGUACGGACCUGAGGGUCUCAAUAAUGCCAGGGGUUGUAGCAUCGCUAUUACCAAGUUAAAGGCCCCCGAGACCGACACUAGUCAAUAUGUCACCGAGCAUAUCUACGAGGUCCAACUAUUAAAGCGUUUCAUGCAGUUUUUAAUUAAUGGGCCUCUACCAACGGGAUAUACAGCCGCCACAAAUGAGUGGGUAUCAGAAGUUUUAAUCGGCUUCACUCCUGCCACAGGGGGAAGUCGAGCGCACGUAGCCCCUGAAUGGGGACAAGGUAGUCUGUUCUUCGAAAUGACGAUGGGUUUGGGUGGGAAUCAUAACAAAGCCGGACUAGUUCUCGCCUACAAGGUUAUGAAUAAUAGGAAAGAGACUUUCUUUGAAGGAGGCACCAUUGAUUCGAGACCAAAAGCGAGUAAUCUUGCUUCUAGGAGAGAGCAUCGUGAUGUAGCUGGAGUCUUUUCAUACAUGCGACACGCUGAUAUUUGGCCAAAAUUUGUCGCCUCAUCUCAAUACAUGGAAAGAGCCUGUCGCCAAUUCGAUCAGAGCUAUACUUGGGGAAGAUCCACUGGUGAAAUUGGUCGACCGAACCGUGCAAAUGGACAACCAGAAGCUGGCUUGCGUGAUCUCUACGUUUACUGGAUCGAUAGUAUUUUGAACGAUAUCGAGGCUCGAGCAGAUGUCUGGUAUCAAGCUACUGUUUCCUCGUAUAAGGCCUCGUAUGGUAGCGAUAAUGAUGGCGUAGCUUGGUUGAAAAAUGUGCUUAAUCCUCAAGGUGAAAUUUCUACUACUUAUUUGAGGUUCUUGCAUAGUCUUAAUGGACAUGGUCCAGGUCCGUUUUGGACACAGAGCAAGUAUGAUGAUUUGUGGUUAACUGGACAAGGCUUUGGUCCUGCUGGACCGUUCUGA